GUUCGUCAUAAAUCUAUACUGUUUUACGAGAAACUUGCUUCUGUCGUUGAUGUUGGCUUAGCGUGAAAUGUACGUGUCCCACAAUAUGACAUGGACAAAUGAAAAAUAUGCAUCGACAUUGAUAUAAUUGUUAUAUAUCGCAAAGUAAUUUUAAAAUCCAUCAAGAUCUGACGAUGUUAACGAUGCAACACGAAAAUAAUUCUUAUAUUUGACUUCUGACCUACCUUGGUCUCAUGAUUGUGAAUGCCGUCCACCAAGGAAUGUUAAACGGGCAUGAUAACUAUACCCUAUUAUGACCCUAGUUAAUAUGGUUGAUCAUGGAGAUACGGACCCGGGUCUUGCGUCGAGAUAUCGUCCUAUGAAGGUUUAUAUUUCCAAAUAAGUAGGAAUUACAAAAUUAUAGACCGAACACAAACAAAAAAAUAUACUUCAUUCUAAAUGUUACAUGAGCUAUAUGCAUAUCUAUGUCUUACAUGUGAGACAUGGUAUUGCUGCAAUGAAUAGGUACGAAAUUUCUCCAUGUGUAAAAAAAAACAGCCUAGAUUAGCCAAACUACGGACGAACAGUAAAUAUUUGAUAUGCCACAUUCGGGGACUUCAUAAACAUUUUUUUAUCUAUUCAAAAUGUUUGCUAAUGUCAUCUGUUAUGUUGAUAGUUUUAUUUUAUCUACUUGUUAGUUUUAUAUUGAAUAUAAACAAUUGUGUUGAAUAUUUUCGCUGUAAUAUCAACAAGUUUUAAUAUCAUAUUGAUCAUGUAAGUACAUGUAUAAAAUAUGUAUUUAUGUCAUGUAUGAAAACUGAAUUGCAAAAUAAAUACAGCAAAAUCUUAAUGAAUUACUGUAAGUAUUAUAUGCAUGCCAUGCUACUUUUUAUUAAUAUGCCACUGUAUACAUAUUAUAUAAUUAUAUAUGUACGGGUUUUCAUUUUCAAUAGUACAUUAAACUCUAUCUUUCAAAGACACCUGGUCUAUAUUAAGCAGUAUCAAAGUUUUAGUACUUUAAUAUUUUACUUACGCAGCUGUUUACUUUUGUAGAUAUUAAUAAACAAUUCUGUAAUGUACUAUAUUUAGAUGUUGUAUAUAUAUUUAUCGCGGUCUUGAGCAUGCUCAGUGGACUAAUAAACACGUUUCAUACAAGUCUAAACAUAUCUGUACCUACGGACAUGCUCAGUGAGGUAGUACUUUACAGUAUAUAUAUACCUGUACUAUCGGUUAUUUCAUACAACUUACUACAUAGCAGAUUAUUCAGAUAACUCUUUAAAUUCAAUUGAAAUAAAGAGCAAGAUUUGUCUAUCCUAGUGUUUAUAAAGAUUGUCAUUUAAAAUGGCGCUACCAAAUGGACCGAUGGAGAUUGUUUUCUCGUUUGACACAACGGGAAGUAUGAGUUCUUGUUUGGCUGAGGUGCGCGGACGAGUUGCAGACAUGGCUCAGAGGCUUCAGGCUGACAUUCCCGGCAUUAAAAUGGCGAUCUUUGCACACGGAGACUAUUGUGACAAACACAACUAUGUCACGAAAUUUGUAGACUUCACAGAUGAUGUUACAAAGCUUGUAGAUUUUGCGCAAAAUGUCAGCUCUACCGGCGGGGGUGAUGCUGAUGAAUGCUAUGAGCUCGUACUUCACGAGGUACGCACCAAACUGUCUUGGACGCCAGGGUCUCAAAGGGCACUUGUCAUGAUAGGUGACUGCAAUCCUCAUGAACCAAACUAUCCUCAGAACAAAUUAAGAUUAAACUGGAGAGUAGAGGCUGAUGAGCUGGCAAAGAUCCGUGUUCGGAUCUAUUCAGUGCAAUGUCAUUCACACAACGCCGACAAAUUCUACUCGGAAAUUGCUCGCCGUACUGAUGGGCAGCAUCUUAAACUUAGCGACUUCAAAAAUAUCUUUGACUUUUUAAUGACAGUAUGCUACAAGGAACGGGGAGACGACCUUUUCCUUACCUAUGAGAAAGAAGUAAGAGCUCGUUCUUCGGGUAUAAAUAAGGACUUGCAAAACCUGUUUGGCGGUUUGAAAGACAAUGCACCAACGGACAUUUCUCCUAAAACUGUAAAACUUGGCAAAAUACCAAAGAAGGGAUUAAAAAUCGCAAAAGAGAAAAAGAAAACAAAACCUGCUGUUAAGUCUGUCAAAAAGUCUCUUUCAAUUAUAAAGAAGAAGAAGCCACUUCCCGCUCAUAAGAAAUAUUUGGAAAAAUAUUUACCAAAACUUCGAAGAGAAAAUGUAUCAGAAAAUAAUUUUCUCUUGAGGGAAAUGAACUGGUCAAAAUGGCAGCUUGUUAUCCAUCCAUUGAAAAAAGUUGUGAAAGAUACAGCAACACAGGUUGCAAGUGAUGUUAGCUGUCCAAGAAAAGGAUGCGGCCAUGGUUACAGGGCUAAGACAAUUUUUGGCGGAAAAACUAAGGUGCCUGCUAUCUAUGAAAUCGGAGUACAAACAAAUAAACAUGCCAGGAAGUACGUAACGUACAAUAAAAUGUGCCGUGGAUUUACUUACAACUUAAAUUGGGAGAAUAAACUUUUUGGACGAAAGGACAUUCGCAGUCAAAUUGACAGAUUGGUUGGAAAAAAUUGUAGCGUUUAUGUGCGUAGAAUGUUGUUGAAAGGUGACAAGUCGAAGGUAAAAGUGAGACAAGCGUUAAGAAGGUAUGACUAUGCUUGGAAAGGACUGAAAUCAGUGAGAGACGGAAACAGAAGUGUAUUUAAAGGAAACGUGGAAAUAUCCUGCAAAAUGGAUAUGUAAUAAUUUUUAAAUGAUGCUAAAAUGCAAUAACAGUUUCAAAUUUAUAUGUGUAUAUAAUCAUUAUAGACUCAUAGUAUAGCUGUGUAUUCUGAUAAAGGCACAUUAUAGCCCAGAAUUGGUUACAUUUCUUUAUUUAGAAAUAUAGCAUACAUAACUAUUGUGAAAAAUGCUAACAUUAUCAUUACGUUUAAAUAAUGGUUUUACAAAACAGAACAAAAUAAAACAUUUCUGAGGUUUAAUGGCCUUUAAUGAAUGACUGUGCAGUUUAAUACUUGGAUAAACAAUAUAGUAUUGUAAAUGUCCUUUCUAGAAGAGUAAAAUAAAUUCAAAACCAUAACAA